GUCCAGUAUAUUUGUCUUUGAUAAAAAGUAUGUUCGCAAAAAUGUGAUACGCACAUAUUUAUGAAGUAUCCCUGCUUAGUACUUACUGUUGUCAAAUAUCGUAUAAUUACCGAUAUACCGGUUUUAAUACAAUAUCGAUAAAAAAAAAAUAUUUAAAAUUCAUACCUAGGUAAAAAUGACCACAUUUUCAUAACAUUGUUAUCUGUAAUAAAUUAUACUAUACAAUUCAAGUUCAACCCAUCCUAUUGAAUUAUUAUUACUAGGUAAGUAUCCACCAACCAAGUCACUCAUAUACAACUUCUCAUAGUGGCGCCGAAGUUAUCUGCUGUUGUUUUGUAUUUUUUUCCCCUUUUUUACAAUUUCUUAUCUCAUAUCAAUCUCAUAUUUAAUAUGAGGUUUGUUAAUUUUAAAUAAAUUUUACAGUUUCAUAUCACCAUAAGUCAAGAGUUCUAGACUACGAUUAGUCCGUGAUUUAUGGCCUAUCCAUAUCUUUAUUAUCUAUGGAAACAAGAGAUUUGAUCAAAUACUAAUAUUUGAUUUAAUAAACGUUUCAUAGAAAAUAUGAAAGUAUGAAAUGGUGAUACCACGCCAUCUACUUGUAGAAAAGUAUUACAAAAAUCAUAACCAAUGCUAUUGGUCAUUUUCACCGUAUUAUGUCACGUUUGCAGUAUCUGAAUUUGAAAUUAUUUUUUGGAAAAACCAUUACUGUAGUUCAUCUACCUUUUAGUAGCCGUCAUUACUCAGUUUUCAGUAAUUGGGGCACGAAAAAGUCUGCAACUCACAUAAAGCUCAUAUAUUAUCCAGAAGGUAUGGCUGAUUCCAAAUUUGAAACAAUUUUAGCUCCAUUGAGAGCAGCUGUAAAGAAACAAGUACGUGCCAUUAAAUAAUAACUUAACAAAUAUUUAUAAAAUACUUAUUUUUUUUUCUUAUAUUAAUUUAACAUCAUCAGGGUGACUUAGUUAGGUCGCUGAAAGAAAACAAUGCCUCUGAUAUGGAAGUGAAAAAAGCUGUUGGAGAAUUAAAAGUAUUAAAAAAACAACUGGAUGAUAAAGAAUUGUCCUUACAACCACCCUCUGAAAUAUUUAAUCGAUCUAAGUUUGCAGAUCUUAUGAUCCGUCGUUUUUUUUAUGAUCAAUCUUUUUCUAUUUAUGGAGGUAGUUAACCCUAUACUAAGUUUUAAUUUUUGUAAUUUUUCCUUGACUGAAAAAUUGUUGUAUAGGUGUUGCUGGAUUAUAUGAUUUCGGACCAAUGGGAUGUGCAUUGAAAUCUAACAUUUUGGAACAAUGGAAAAAGUUUUUUGUUCUUGAAGAACAGAUGCUUGAAAUUGAUUGUUCUAUGCUAACACCAGAACGUGUUUUAAAGUAACUCAUCUAGUAUAUUUAAAUGUAUAUUUAUAUAAAAUUGAAUGAUAUUUUUUAAUUUGUAUGUAAUUAAAGGACUUCAGGUCAUGUAGAAAAAUUUGCUGAUACUAUGGUCAAAGAUAAAAAAACUGGAGAAUGCUUCAGAUUAGACCAUUUAAUCAAGAAUCGUUUAGAAACUUUAAUCAAGGACAAAAAACAAACUGCUGAAGUAAAAGAAGAGUGCAAGGAUAUUAUAAUUAAAUUGGAUGGCAUGACUACUGAACAAAUGUCAGAUAUUGUUAACAAAUUUAAUAUGAAAUCACCAACUACUGGAAAUGAAUUGUCUGAACCUGUUGAUUUUAAUCUAAUGUUUGCUACCCAAAUUGGCCCCACUGGAGACCAAAAAGGGUCAGUAAAUUUAAGAUUGAAAAUUAAAUUUUACGCACUCAUAAUACUAAAAUAUAUACGGUUUAUAGAUUUUUGAGACCUGAAACCGCACAAGGUAUAUUUGUGAAUUUCAAACGUUUACUUGAGUUUAACCAAGGUAGAUUACCAUUCGCUGCUGCUCAAAUUGGUAAUGCUUUUCGAAAUGAAAUAUCACCUCGUUCUGGAUUAUUGAGAGUUCGGUAAAUGUAUAUUUUAAAUUUUAAAUAAAAUAUUUGUACUAUUCAAAACUACACAUUGUCUGCAGAGAGUUCACUAUGGCUGAAAUAGAACAUUUCUGUGAUCCAAGUGAUAAAUCACAUUCUAAAUUCGGUGAUGUAGAAAAUAUCGUUAUGAAGUUAUAUAGUGCUUGUAAUCAGAUGGAUGGACAACCUCCUAUUGAUAUUACAAUUGGUCAAGCUGUGUCACAAGUAAAGGCUAAAUAUAAAUUACUUUUGAAUAAUUAACAUAUUUCAUUUAUUAAAAGGGUAUGGUUGCCAAUCAAACAUUGGGGUACUUUAUGGCUCGUAUUUAUAUGUUUAUGAUGAAAAUCGGAGUGACAAAAGAAAAGUUAAGAUUUCGACAACAUAUGUCAAAUGAAAUGGCCCAUUAUGCUGUUGAUUGCUGGGAUGCUGAAUGUCUAACUUCUUAUGUGAGAACAACAUUCAAAUUUAAAAAAUCUAUAUUAUUUAAAUAUUGCACAUAAAAACAGGGUUGGGUUGAAUGUAUCGGUUGUGCUGAUCGAUCAGCCUAUGAUCUUACUAAACACGGUGAAGAAACUAAACAAAGAUUAGUGGCUGAAAGAAAAUUGCCUGUGCCAAAAUCUAUUCAAGUAACAGGUCAGCAUUAUAUUGAAAUAUUAAAAAUUAUUUAUUUUUAAUCUUUAGUUUGUGUUUCAACAUAGAAUUGGAAAUGGAUAAAGGUUUGAUUGGUAAGACACUUCGUAAAGAUUCCAAAGAAUGUGUUGAAAAAUUAUCGAAGUUAACAAUAGAGGAAAUUCAACAAAUACAUAAAUUCAUUGAUAAUGGGUAAUUAUUAUUAAAUGUGUUAAAAAACCAAUUAUAUAAUAUACAAGAGAGAGAUAAAAAAAUUUAUUAUAGUUUACAGUAAUACAAAUAAUAACAAAUUAGACAGUGCAUAACAAGUAAAAAAUAUAACAAAUUAUAGAACCUAAACAAGUUGAAAAUUAAUUUAACUCCUCAAAAAUAAUAAAUUAUAGAUUACUUAAAUCAUUAAUCCUAAUAUAAAAAUAUAGAUUCAAAUUUCUAAUGUGUUAUGUCAAGAUUUUUAAAACUCAAUCCCCUAUCAAACAUUAUAUCCAUGUUAAUAGGUAAUUAUGUUUUCUAUGUUAUUUCUAGAAAACCUGAUUCAGCAACUGGAUUGACAUUGUGCAAAAUUGGUGACAAAGAAUUUAAUAUAAGUAAAGAAAUGAUACCUCUUAGGUCUUAUUUGAAAACGGUGCAUGUUGAAGAAAUUGUUCCUAAUGUAGUAGAACCAUCAUUUGGUAUAGGCCGUAUUAUUUAUACAUUAUUAGAACAUACAUUUAAAAUUCGAGAAAAAGACGAACAGCGAACAGUAAAUAUAGAAAUCUUUAAUUUUAGUUUUAAAAUUAAAGCAUAUAUAUAUAUAUAUAUAUAUAUAUAUUUUUUUUAGUACUUGUCAUUACCUCCAUUAGUGGCACCUUUAAAAUGUUGUGUUCUUCCUUUACUUGACAAUGAUAAGUUCACUCCACUUGUGUCAACAUUAUGUAAGUUCUUUAAAACAAUUAUGGUAUAUUAAUUAUAUUUAAAAACAUAAUUUGUUUUAGCCAAAAACUUAUGCCAAAAGGGUGUGUCCAAUAAAAUUGAUGACUGUAGUGGAUCAGUAGGACGCCGUUAUGCGAGAACCGACGAAAUUGCUGUACCAUAUUGUAUAACUGUUGAUUUUGACUCGUUGGUUGAACCACAAUCUGUAACUAUACGAGAGCGGGAUUCAAUGGAACAAAUCCGAGUACCUGUAAGUAUAAAAAUUGUAUUAUUUUAAAUUUUAAUAUAAUUUAUUUAUAUAUAAUUUUAAUUACUUUAGGUAUCUGAUGUUAUUGAUUUAAUAUACAAUUUAUCACAAGGCAAUAUUGAUUGGAAUGUAGCUAAGGACAAAUAUCCUAAAUUUGAUUCUCAGCAAGCAACGGAAUAAUGUCUUUUUAAUACAAUAUUUGUUACCUUGGUGUACCUAAAAAAAUUUAAAAAAAUACAAUAUGGAAAUAGUUUAUUGAUA